ACAUUUUGUCUUUUUAGUCCAUGCAUGGUCUGGUCCAUGCAUCUGCAUCUGGUGAAGUACUACUCAUCACUCCUUGUUGCAUUGCACUUGGAGUAAAUUUUAUAUGUUCGCUUUAAAUUAAGGCAUGUGUAUAUUAUUGGUCUUUUUAUUCGUAAGUCAUCUCGAACUCCGAGCAAGCACAGUCUCUGUCAAUCAUUGUCAAAAAGUAACUCGACCGGUUUCUUGGAAAAUGCCUGGCCGUAUCGGGUGACGUACUGACGUGCGUCAAGUGAAACAAACUCGUGACACCUGGAUAACUGUUAUUGCUGAACUUGCUGUUCUUCUUCACCGUUGGUCCUCAAAUGCUGUACUCAUCGUGGAAUCUUGACACCAUGGAGGAUUAUUUUGGAGAGGAUGUCUCCAACAUGACCACCCCAGCUCCCGUCAACCCAGUCUGUACUUACUUUGUACUCAGAGUAUGGAUGCUGUACAGCCUCAUACCAGCUGUUGCCAUUUUGAUUCUGUUUUGUUUUCUGGAGAAACGUGUGCACUUAUGGCCAUCUUUUUGCGGAGGGCGACCAGGUGUUGCAUUCCCAGUCAACCUGGUGGACAGCUACACUGACCGCUGGUCCUUUGCAUUUGCCUUUGGCAGCAUGUCGACCAGCAUGGCAGAGGCCAUUAUUGGCAAUCAGAACAUACUACUGGGUGAUUACGAUUACAGCCAAAUCACUCCAAUGUUGCAAGGGACUGUGCGGUUUUUAGUGGUCAUAGUCAAUGCACUCAUCAUCAGUGUGGUAUUCUACCCAAUCCUACUCUGUCUCCGAUCCAAGAAGAUUCUGGGUAACAUCCUCGGUCUGAUCUAUUGCACGGCUUGGUUUGCAUGUUACAUGAUGUCAGUUGCAUUUCAGUGUGACCUCGUUGAAGGCGACGGAGCAGUAUUCGCUGUCAUAAGGGAAUUUGGAAGCUAUGGAUCGGGGACAAUCUGCUUCCUGGCAUUGAUGAUCCGUUUUUUAAUUGGCCUCGUUAAAAACAUUACAGUGCUACUGGAUAAAAGAAUGGAUUCAUCCAAGAUAAAGGAUUUCACGAUGACGCACUUCUACCACAGGGUUCUGUUUCUCCUGACACCACCGACUCCAAAAGUGAAGAGUACACAUCUACUUGAGCGUUUAUUCCAGCGUUUUAUUGGCACUGUGCCAGGUUUCAGAUUUUCCCGUCACAAUAUUUGCACUCUCGUCCUGUCGCUAGUCACAACCACCCAGGUUGCCUUGGUAUGGACGGCCAAAUUGGAAUCACUUUUGUUCGAGUCAGGCGACCCGGAUGAUAAAACUCUGAAGAUUUGCUUUUGGAUUACCUGUGUCGUUUCCUUGGUUUUAACCUUUGUCUUCACCAUCGAUAUGCAACUACGUUACAGGAGGCACACUUUAAAGUUGUGGAGAGGAGAUCGUUCCUUCUGCCCCGAGAAGAAAGCCACAUUUGAUAAUAUGAUGGGCUCAAGUCUGUAUUAUACAGGAUAUCAUGUAGCAUUUACAGCAUGGGGAUUUUUGGUGCUGCAAGUUUUACUGUGGGCCCUGGUAUUCCUCAUUAUAACAUUCAAAGACAAAGUCCUUCAUUACAUUAAACUUUACUGGUUGACCAUUAUCAUAACUGGAGCGUUCUACUACAGCCAGAUCUUCCUGUCGCGGAUCGUUUUCCUCCAGAGGGCGCCAGACAGGGAGCAGUCCAGAAUUGUCCGCAGCAGCGACAUCUACCUGGGUCUGGAUAAUAGACGCAUCUUCCAUGUCACCAUCUACAUCACGCUGUUCAUCAACUUCUUAGUGGGUCUCCUCAGCUGUUUCUUUCGCAUCUUCAUAGCGAUUGUUCUGGAGACGGUUUUCAUCGGUCGUUUGGACCGUUGCACCCUGAUGCGUGGCUGGGAAUCCUGGGACCAAGGUUUCCGGUCUUAUGUGGGGUUCUUAGAGUUGGAAGUCGCUCACACUCAUCCAGUCGUCAUCACCUUCUGUCAUUUCAUCUUGUUGGAUUUACACAAGCGCAAGAGAAGACUGGAACACAGUGACUUGGCUGUGCUGAUCAAUAAUGCAGAAAAUGGAAGUGCCGAAGAGGAAAGGCUCAUAGGAAAAAUCCCGGACUCUGGAGUAGCAGCAGCCAGCUGGCUCAAGUCAAGGCAGGUCCGUAACAAGUGGCUAGUAGCUCUGACCCUAGCACGGAACCCCGAGCUGGUGAUAGGACGGAAACUGGCUCUACUGGAGGCCCAACACAGGCAGAGAUCACGAAAUAGCAGUUUGGGGGUCAGCCAGACAGUGUUGUAGUUGAGAGACCCCACAAGCCCAACCGAGCCCA